UCGUAUCAUCUCUCAUCUUCUUCAAUAACUCAUUUCACUCAGAGAACAACCGCAACAAAUAUAAAUUGAAAAACUAUACAUACAUCUAUAGAUACAGCUAUUUGGACGGGAAGAGAGGAGAUUAACAAUGUACCGGAGGAGCGGCGCUUCUUUGAUCGUCUUUGCUUCCGUUUUUCUCGGGGCCUUAUUCGCGUUAUCUGUUGCGAAAGAGGAAGCAGCUAAAUUGGGAACAGUGAUUGGAAUUGAUCUUGGAACAACUUACUCCUGUGUUGGUGUCUACAAGAAUGGGAAAGUUGAGAUUAUAGCCAAUGACCAGGGUAACCGUAUCACCCCGUCAUGGGUUGCCUUUACUGAAGGCGAGAGAUUAAUCGGUGAGGCUGCAAAGAAUCAAGCAGCUAUUAACGCGGAGAGAACAAUCUUUGAUGUCAAAAGACUUAUUGGGAGAAAGUAUGAUGAUAAAGAGGUUCAGAGGGACAAAAAGCUUGUUCCAUACAAUAUUGUUAACAAGGACGGCAAGCCAUACAUACAAGUCAAGUUGAAAGGUGGCGAGACCAAAGUGUUUAGUCCUGAGGAGAUAAGUGCAAUGAUUUUGACGAAGAUGAAGGAGACCGCAGAAGCAUUUCUUGGAAAGAAAAUCAAGGAUGCUGUCGUCACUGUUCCAGCUUACUUUAAUGAUGCCCAGAGACAAGCUACAAAAGAUGCUGGUGUUAUAGCUGGACUAAAUGUUGCAAGAAUAAUUAAUGAACCUACCGCAGCUGCUAUCGCUUAUGGACUGGACAAGAAAGGUGGUGAGAAGAACAUUCUUGUUUUUGACCUUGGUGGUGGGACAUUUGAUGUCAGUAUCUUAACCAUUGACAAUGGUGUUUUUGAGGUUCUUGCAACCAAUGGAGACACCCAUUUGGGAGGUGAGGAUUUUGAUCAAAGAAUCAUGGAAUAUUUUAUUAAACUGAUCAAGAAGAAGCAUAAGAAAGACAUCAGCAAGGACAACAAAGCUCUUGGGAAGCUAAGAAGAGAAGCUGAGCGGGCCAAGAGAGCUCUGAGUAGCCAACAUCAAGUCCGUGUGGAAAUUGAAUCACUCUUUGAUGGUACAGAUUUUUCUGAACCACUUACCAGGGCUCGUUUCGAGGAGUUGAACAAUGAUCUUUUUAGAAAGACCAUGGGCCCAGUUAAGAAGGCAAUGGAGGAUGCUGGAUUGGAGAAACGUCAAAUUGAUGAGAUUGUACUUGUUGGUGGAAGUACUAGGAUUCCUAAAGUUCAACAGCUUUUGAAAGAUUACUUUGAUGGCAAGGAGCCCAACAAGGGAGUUAACCCAGAUGAGGCUGUUGCUUAUGGUGCUGCUGUUCAGGGAAGCAUCUUAAGUGGAGAGGGUGGUGAUGAAACUAAAGAUAUUCUGCUUUUGGACGUGGCGCCCCUUACUCUUGGUAUCGAGACUGUGGGUGGGGUGAUGACCAAGUUGAUUCCUAGGAACACUGUCAUUCCUACAAAGAAGUCUCAAACAUUUACAACUUACCAGGACCAACAGACAGUUGUUUCCAUUCAGGUCUUUGAAGGGGAAAGGAGUCUCACAAAAGAUUGUAGACUUUUGGGGAAGUUUGAUUUAACAGGAAUAGCCCCAGCUCCAAGGGGAACUCCUCAAAUCGAAGUCACGUUUGAGGUGGAUGCCAAUGGUAUUUUGAAUGUGAAGGCUGAAGACAAAGCAUCAGGUAAAUCUGAAAAAAUUACGAUCACAAAUGAUAAGGGUCGUUUGAGUCAGGAAGAGAUCGAGCGCAUGGUUCGCGAGGCCGAAGAGUUUGCAGAUGAAGAUAAGAAAGUUAAGGAGAAAAUCGAUUCUCGAAAUAGCUUGGAGACUUACAUUUACAACAUGAAGAAUCAGAUCAAUGACAAAGACAAGCUUGCUGACAAAUUGGAGACUGAGGAGAAGGAGAAGAUUGAUACAGCAGUCAAGGAGGCCCUUGAAUGGUUGGAUGACAACCAGAGUGCUGAGAAGGAAGAUUAUGAUGAGAAGCUCAAGGAAGUGGAGGCUGUGUGCAACCCAAUCAUUACAGCUGUAUACCAAAGGUCUGGUGGAUCCCCUGGUGCAGGUGCAGACUCAGCAGAAGACGAUGAUGAGCAUGAUGAGCUGUAAAAGAUUCAAAAUGUCUAAUGUCUAAUGUCUGGUCUUAUGCAGUAGGAUAAUGGGGGACUAAACUCUUUUUUCGUUUUAAUUAAUGUUUUGAUGUUCUGAAGGAAGUGUAGUAGAACAAGUUAGUGGAGAACACAAUCACAAGUGGCGAUCAUUUAUUGACUCCCUGUGGGUUUGUUUGAA